AUUUAUUUGUUUAUAUGCAUAUGUUUGUGAAUGUAUGUGUAUGAAAUUUUAAAAAUAAUUGCUGGGCAUUUUAGACACAUGUUUUAUUAAUUGUAAACAAAAUAUUGAUCUCCCUCCUACAAGACUGAAAUAUUCCCUUUUGGGAUUUUUAGUUUUUCUGGGAAAGUGCCAUUUAAUUUAUAAUGUGCUGGAUGCUUGCCACCCAAAAGCUUAAGUCGUUGGGUGGUGCUGCCUCUCCAUCCUCAUCAGACAUGGCAAGACCUCUGUGACAAUAAGCUCAUUAGUCUUGCCGAUUAUUGUCCCUAUGUUCCUUGUUACUCGUCUAAUCUUUUUGUCUCUCUGUUAUUUUUAGCUGUACUAUUAUCAUUGGAAUUCAUUAUAAAGAUUUGACAUAGUUUUAUGAUUGUCUGUCUACCUUACACCAACCCAUCUUUUACAUAGUUUCAUCUUUUCCAGAUUUGAAAUCUUCUGUGCAUAUGAAAAAAAGGAGCUUCCAGCUCAUUGUUGCUUCAUAUAUUUAGCAAGUAGGACAGCUAUUUCAUAUGUCUGAUGGUGGAACAAUAGCUUUGGAUUGGCUGAUGAAUUCUGAUGUUCCUGAAGCUGCCUUGCAAGUGAGCAGGGCCAUUCUUGAAGAUGAUAAAACCCCUAUCAUAAUAGUGAUUCCUGGCUUAACAAGCGAUUCUGCUUCUGCUUAUAUCAAGCAUUUAGCUUUCAAGAUGGCACAAAAUGGCUGGAAUGUUGUUGUGAGCAAUCAUCGGGGACUUGGCGGCAUAUCAAUAACGUCUGAUUGCUUCUAUAAUGCUGGCUGGACGGAUGAUAUACGCAAAGUCAUUGACAAUAUUCAUUGCCAAUACCCAGAAGCUCCUCUAUUUGCUGUAGGAACUAGCAUCGGCGCCAAUGUUCUGGUAAAAUAUCUUGGCGAGGACGGGAUAGAUACUCCUGUUGUUGGGGCUGCUGCCAUUUGUUCUACUUGGGACCUUUUGAUAUGUGACAGAUUCAUUAAUCGCAGGCUUGUACAGAAGUUUUAUGACAAAGUUCUAACAAUUGGCUUAAAAGGUUAUGCCCACUUGCACCAGUCCAUCUUAGCUCGUCUUGCAGAUUGGGAAGGCAUUAAAAAGUCACGUUCAGUUCGAGACUUUGACACUUAUGCCACUUGCCUUGUUGGAAAAUUUGAGACAGUGGAUACAUACUACAGGCAUUGUAGCAGUGCUGCUUUUGUGGGAAAUGUAAUGGUGCCGCUACUCUGCAUCAGUGCCUUAGACGAUCCAGUCUGUACAAUGGAGGCCAUUCCUUGGGAUGAAUGCAGGGCGAACAAGAAUAUCAUCUUAGCUACCACAUCUCAUGGAGGACACCUAGCAUAUUUCGAGGGGACAACUGCAAAGAGCCUGUGGUGGGUUAGAGCCGUUGAUGAAUUCCUCAGUGUUCUACAUUCUAGUUCGUUAAUCCACCGAAAAAAGGAGAUGCAAAUUCCCUCCUCUGUUGGCCCUCUAGAAUCUUCAAUUGAUCAGGGUCCAUAUGUAAAUGUCAUGAAUGAUGGGAUGGUGACUGCACUGGGCAAUGGGCAAACAACAAGUUUAGAAGACACACACAAUGAGAAUAUGGUUCAGCGGGAAAAGGACGACGAUAUGUUUUCAGCUACACGAGCGAACAAUCAUAUGACAGGGGAAGAGACUGGAGAAGAGAUGCAUUUGACAAGUGAUACUGCUCAGCCCUCUAAACAUGAUAUUGACAGUGCAGUUGCUCCUGUAAGAAGAUGCGUGGACCAGCUUUCACGACAGAGUAGCAAAUCAAUAUGGCUGCUUGUGUACAUUGCUGUGAUAACGACUUGGCCACUCGUUGGUUCAGCUCUUCUGAUGUUCUUAAAGAAAAAGUUCAGAAAUGUGUUACCUGCAAUGAUGCAGAGAAGGUAGUAUUCAUUGCUAUGUAGCUUUAAAUGCAAAGCAUACACAUGAUGAAUCCACUAUUUCUUGGUGAUGGAAGAAGAUCAUUCUUGGAAGCGCUCCAAGGACCAGAAAAAAAAAAAAAAAAAAAAAAUUAUAUAUACGUGCAUCAAAUUCUUGAAUAAAUUGGAUUUGGAAUAACCCAUUUGUACUCUUUGUAUACUGUUGGAUAUUAGUCGUGAUUAAUAAUACAGAAUGAAUAUAGAGUGUUACCAAACAAUUAAGACCAUAUAGUGAAUUUAAAGUGUUACCAAACAAUUAAGACCAUAUAGUUUAAUGCUAAACCAAUUAUCAGUUUGCAAACACUGUUCUUGUAAGUAUUAGCACAUAUAUGUGUUGUGCGUAAAAAUUGCUAGGUUUUUCUAUUUGAAAGCGUCCAAGAUAUUCACAUACUCGGUUUUUCUAUUUGAAAGCGUCCGGUUUAACCAGGGUUGGUCCAACAGAUGGACAGUUGUCCAUCACGAGAGCCACCGGCAAAGCAUCUACCUGAUCUGUGAAAUUGAGCAUUAAGAAAAAAGUUGGUACCGAGUUGGAAACACACCACAUGAAUGAUAAUUUAGCCAAAAAAGUUUUUCCCAUUCUGUUUUGUGUAGCCCAUGUCUUUUUGCAAAAUCCACACCGUAUUCUCCAAAACUGAGCUAGAAGGCUCUUGUUAGCCUCUUUGAACCUUAUCUCAUCCACUUCUCUGUCCAUAAGGAACACGAAACGUCAAAAAUCAACU